AUGAAAAUACGGAAACGAUUCGGAACCUGGAAUAUAAGAACUCUAGCAGAAACAUCAAAACUUGCUCAACUUGAACGUGAAUUUGUACGUCUCAAUCUUUUAUUCAUCGGGCUAAGCGAAGUAAGAUGGAAUGGCUGCGGCGAAUACAAAACAUCCUCCGGCGCUACACUCAUAUACUCUGGAAAGGCCACAGGCGAAAAAAGAGAAAGUGGAGUAGGCUUUCUAUUAUCCAAAGAAGCUAAACAAGCGCUCAUAGAAUGGCAACCACAUGGCGACCGAAUAAUUCUGGCAAAAUUUAAAACUCGAGCCAGAACCCUCACAUGCAUACAGUGUUACGCGCCUACUGAAGUCACCGACCCACAAAUCAAGGAAAAUUUUUAUGACUCCCUAUACUCUGUUUUAAAUAAAUGCCCUAGAGGUGAAAUAAAGCUCGUCAUGGGAGAUUUCAACGCACAAAUCGGGCCAGAUAACAAUGGAAGAAAGCAAGUGAUGGGGAAACAUGCUCUCGGCACAAUGAACGAUAAUGGGGAGCGUUUCUAUGAAUUAUGUAACACCAUGGGCCUCACCAUAGGAGGUAGUCUCUUCCCGCACAAACAUUUGCAUAAAGUCACUUGGGUUUCCCCAGAUAAUGCAACAGAAAAUCAAAUCGACCACAUUGCCAUCAGCAAAAUGUGGAGACAUUCAUUAUGUGAUGUCAGAAAUAAAAGAAGUGCAGACAUGACUUCUGACCACCAUCUACUAAUCGGUGAAAUACAACUCAAAUUAAAUGCGGUCUUUAGAAAGCCACAAUUCAAAAGGAAACGGUUCGACCUCGCCAAACUCGACAACCCUACUGUUCAAAAUAACUAUCAAUCUCUUUUAUCGGCCCAAAUCCCUAAUCCCUUGCCACUAGAAGAAGAAAUCUUUGAAGCCGAAACUUAUUGGGAACAAGCAAAAUGUGCCUUCACUGAAGCAGCACAACAAAGUGUCGGUAUUCCUCAACGUCAAAAUAAUCCGUGGAUCACCGAACAUACAUGGAAUCUUAUAAAAGCGCGCAAAGGAGAAAAAGAAAAGGUUAACAGGGCAAGAACGCGCCAAACAAAGCAACAGGCACAAGCCAACUACAGUAUUGCCAACCGCAAAGUUAAACGCAGCGCUAGAGCCGAUAAGCGCAGAUGGCUCGACAAUUUAGCAACAGAAGCCCAAAAAGCAAGCGAAUCACAUAGGCUCAAAGACCUACACAACAUCACUAAAGCUAUGGUGGGACGUAAACACAGGAUUGCAAAGCCAAUAAAAAAUACCAGGGGCGAACUAGUACACUCUACCGAAGAUCAGUUAAAAGUUUGGGAAGAUCACUACAGAAAUCUCCUAGCGGGAAACAACACCUAUCCUCAGCAGGAACUAUGUAGUAGACACCACGAACAUGUUGCUCGCAACGAUAUAAACACAGAUGUACCUAACAUCAGUGAAAUUGAGGCAGCAAUAACUCAGCUUAAAGCAGGUUUCAAUGAUUUCCUAAACGAAAUGCAAAUUUGA